AUGCCGGGCAUUGUAUGUGCGGCCAAUUGGCUAAACCACCCGGCGUUGUCAUCACUAACAUCGAUGACCAUGGUCAUCAAUGACCAUGAUAUAUUGGUUGGCAACCCUAAACGGAAAUGCGAUACCGGGUACUGGACAGGGAGUGUGCCCAGAUGUGCAAUAAACUACGGCAACCAAUCAUACCUAAUACACGUAGAGUUCGGGUCAGACUCGUCGGUAUUGCCCACAUCUAAAGCCAACAUAAGCCGUCCGUACAACGAGUUGGGCGCCUAUACGCCACCCCAUAGGGCGCCGUUGGGUUGUCUCGUGAAGAUCAACUCAGGCGACGACGAGUUUGCGUUUGAUUUGUCCGAAGCCAUUGAAAUACAUUACGUGCGGAUCAAGUUAUACGCCAUGAAUGUCAAACAUAUUUGGCUCAAACAACAGCUCGUAUUCACCGCCUCUUUCAACGACUAUUUCGAGGACAGUUGUCGACUGUCGGGCGCUCACCAUCGAGACGAUAGCGGCCACGAAAGUGACAAUUACCUGACCCUCGAGUUCGGGUGCGACGAUCCGGCGUUUAUCGGCAAUAAAUACGAUAGGGUUAUAGUGAAAGUCAACGUAUUUAAGGAGACUUUCUCGCAGAUAAUCAUAUUUCAUAUCUGCGACCUUCGGGUCUAUCGGUUUGACAGCGAGUGCGGCCGACCAGACAUACCGGUGACGAUGGAUGCGCUGCCAAAUGGCACCACAGGUUAUGAGUACCGGUGCCGAAGGGAGGAUCAAUAUUUUUUGGACGGCUCGGCCAGAGUUGGCUGCAAUGAAUUUGGUAAAUGGACUCAAGGGUUCCCCCGCUGUGUCGACAGGUCUUACUGUCCGGUGCUGUCCAACGAUACGGUCGGCGAGUCGGUGGACAUCAGCUACGAGUUGGUGGUCGAGGGCGGAGAGGGUCGCACAUAUGUACCCAACGGUAUGUCCGUCCGGUUCUCGUGCGAUACCAUCAAAAAUAGCACACAAAACAACGAAACCCAUUAUGUAUUGCGCGGACCCGAUAGGGUUGAGUGCAUGGAUGGCCAGUGGUUGGACCUGACGGACGACAACAAACCCGACUGUCGGUUGGAAAUAAUUGACACCGGAGUGAACCGGCUAUCUCUGCCCCAGUAUAUCAUAGCCGUGUUGUCGGGCGUACUCUUGCUGUCCGUCGCCGUAAUCCUAUGUCUGACGGGUUUUACUGUAAACGGUCGGCGACAGCGCCGGGAAGUAGAGGCCCGGCGGGCGAAGGAGAGGGCGGAAAACCCAUACGACAACCCGUACGACAUGUACGGCCAGUAUUACGACGAUAUCCAUACCGUUGAUAACGAGGGGUCCGGUGUUUAUGAGGAGAUUAAGUCAAAAGACAUGACCGAAGAGACCACUGUUUACGAUGAUAUCGCCAUCGAUGGCAACACAACCAAUGAUAAGAACUUGUAUGAGAAUCCCGACGACGAUAUGGCCUACGAAGAGAUCAGGUAUGUGUCGGACGGUCGACAACAGGGCCGGGAAUAUCUCGAGAUCACUGAUUCAGUGUAUUUUGAAAUGAAAGCUUGA